AUGACGUUCGACAAGGUGGAGGAGCUCCGGCCGGGCACCUACGGCCACAACCUGCAGCUCCGGGUGCUCAGCGCCAAGCCCGUCGUGCUCCACAGGCCGCAGGGCGGCCGGGCCGGCGGCAACAUGCGCAUCGCCGAGUGCAUCGUCGGCGACGACACCGGCGUCGUCGUAUUCACCGCACGCAACGAGCAAGGUAGCGACAUCAUGAAGCCCGGGGCGGUCGUGGAGGCGAGGAAGGCGAGGGUGGACAUGUACAAGGGGUCGAUGCGCCUGGCGGUGGACAAGUGGGGGACGCUCAAGGCUGCUGAGAGCCCCGCGGACUUCAAGGUGAAGGAGGACAACAACGUGUCCUUGGUCGAGUUUGAGCUCAUCACCGUGAUGCAGUGA